UUGCUGCAAAUUGCCCAGUCGAAAUGACAACAUGCAUAAUUAACUCUAAAUUAUUCACUCAUUCGGUCUGUUGUACGUAAGCACAGAAACCUUCGGAGGUGGUUAAUCUAUUUUGUAUGUGCUGAUGUGAAUGGUGAAACUCCUCCCUAGACUCAUGCACUGAAUCCUACAUCAAUAUGUACCUAAGACAGCCUCAGUAGCUAAAGCUGCUCUUACUGUUGGAUGAAAGAAGCUUGGUGCAGAGUGUAACCUUGCCAGAACACAGUCCAGAUAACACUCCAAAUGUCAGUUACAGCAGGACAAUGAAGAGAAGGAAGCCACUUCAAAGAAGCAAAACAGUUUAAUUGUGGAAUACAAAUUCUUUUUAAAGUCAGUGGUUCACCUUGGUCCAUUGCCAGUGCCAAUUUUCUAAAUUCUGAAUUGUAAUCAUUGACAGAAUGCCAUGUGAAAGUUCUUACAGCGUGUCAGAUUCUUUGCUGAGCAUAGUGGUCCAGCAGGGUGAAUGGAUAAAUGAAAGAAAAAUUAACUUUGUCAAUCAAGGUUUGUACUUCAGACAGAACAGUAUCAUGAUUCUACGUGGACAGAAACUGUGCUGCUUAUACAUCAAUGGGGCUGUUCUCCCUAAUCCUUUAAGAGCAAUGUUAUCUACAUAAGAUCAUUUCUGUAUGUUCAAUAUUUAUUACGCAGUGUAAGGUCCGACUCCCUUUUUUCAGUCUUAACAAAAAAUACAACUGAGAUUUGAUUUACUAGGAAAUACAUAUUAAACACAUUCUGCUAAUGAGCAACAGUUCACAGUUCGAGAAGAAAAUUGCUCUAACAUUAUGGAAAUGAUAGGUAUGAAUUUUAAGUAAAUACUAUUAGCAUCCUGAUCUGAGUUUCCAAAAUGCUUGUAAAUAAUAAAGUUACUGAAGACAUUCUUAUAACAUCUUUUAAUAUACAUUUAGAAUGUUAGACUUAGCAUUGUGCUUCCAAUUUUAGUUUUUUUUAUAUUAGCCCUUUAAACAUUUUUUGGGAAUUUUAACAGAGUAAAUUAAAAUGAAUACAAAGCACAAUCUAAUGUUUUGAAAUGACUACAAACAUGAAACCAAAUUUUGAAAUAAGUGAAUUGGGGGUAUUUAGUUAGCAAAAACAAUAUCUCGGCAAUAAAUAUAAUUAGACCUUUAGAUAUUUGGGACAAAAUGGCACAUUAUAAUACAUCGUUUGAUCAAGACAUUCGCAUUGUAUCAGAAAGUUUUAACUCCUCUGACAUUAUGAUAGAACAGGAAGAGUCAACACUGUUAGGACUUAAGAUCACUCUUGCUGUUUUUUUAUCCAUUAUAACUUUAUCUACCCUUUUGUCAAAUGUCUUUGUCAUUUUUACUAUAGUUAUGACUCGGAAGCUCCAUACCCCUGCAAAUUAUCUAAUUGGUUCCUUAGCAUUUACUGAUCUGUUAGUGUCAAUCCUGGUAAUGCCUAUAAGCAUUGCAUACACAGUCACACAUACAUGGACAUUUGGUCAAAUUGUAUGUGACAUAUGGUUGCUCUCAGAUAUUACUUGCUGCACUGCAUCAAUAUUGCAUCUGUGUGUCAUUGCUUUGGAUAGAUACUGGGCUAUCACAGAUGCACUGGAAUACACCAAACAUCGGACAGCUAGGAGAGCAGCUGUGAUGAUAUCAGUGGUGUGGAUUAUUUCCAUAUGUAUUUCCAUACCACCCCUCUUUUGGAGGCAAGCCAAAGCUUAUGAAGAACUUACAGUAUGUACAAUCAAUACUGACCAGAUCUCAUACACCAUAUACUCCACAUGUGGUGCCUUCUAUAUUCCAACUGUACUUCUAAUUAUGUUGUAUGGGAAGAUUUAUAUAGCAGCACGAUCAAGAAUUCUAAAGCCCCCAUCCAUAUAUGGGAAAAGGUUUACAACAGCACAUCUAAUCACUGGAUCAACUGGGUCUUCCUUUUGUUCAGUUAAUGCAAAUGUUCACAUGGAACAUCCACAUGCUGCUGAAACACCCAUCUGUAUUAAUCACAUCAAGAUAAAGUUGGCUGAUAGUAUUAUAGAAAGAAAGAGACUGUCUGCAGCCAGAGAAAAAAAAGCCACCAAAACCCUUGGCAUAAUUCUGGGGGCAUUUAUAGUCUGCUGGUUACCAUUUUUUGUUGUAUCCCUGGUCCUACCUAUCUGCAGAGAUGCCUGUUGGUUUCAUCCACUACUGUUUGAUUUCUUCACUUGGCUGGGAUAUCUAAACUCCCUAAUUAACCCUGUGAUUUAUACAGUUUUCAAUGAAGAUUUCAAAAAAGCAUUUCAAAAACUCAUUCGACACAACAAUGCCUCCUAGGAUUUAUUGAUCUAUACUGCUGGGGCAGGAAGGACAUUUGGGACAUUAUAAACGUAUGUCGAAAUACUUUAUACAAAUGAAAACACUGCAAGCACAAAGUAAAACGUUAUUAAAAAUAAAAUGAUUUUGUACUUGGAUGAUGCCAUUCAGCUAUUAUGAAAACAGGGCCAUUAAUAAACUAUUUUCUUUAAACAGUUUUUAUGAAAGUAUUUUACACAGGUUAUUGGGACUUCCUGAAAAAAGUACAUAGCGUUAUAAGUGUGCUGACAUAUGCCAAUAAAACUCAAACUUUGCUACAGAAAAGGGCAAACAAGAUGCAAAUAAUAUGGACAGAUUUAUCAAAGGCCAAG